GACACCUCGUCCACUUAUGUCGCUUGAUCUCUUCUGCAAAGAAAGCGUUAAGAAACGGUAUGAAUAUCAAUAUUCAUCGUCUCCAUACUAUACACAUAAAAAAUUGUGUUUAUACUAAAGAGAGUCAUGUAGCACGAAAAAAUCUCUCCGCGUGCGUCCUCUGUUUCCGUAUUAUGAAGUUUUAUUCCUUUAUGUUAAGAAAAGGAUUAGUCAAACGAAUAAGAUACUUACACCAGCAUAUAUAAUAUACUUUUGGUUAAAAUCGAUGGUGGUCUUUUGGAAUUUUUCAAAAAAGAUGUGUAAAUGAGCGGAUGGAGGACGGAAUUUUGUGGAGUUUAAAUGGACAGUGAAGUGGCGUCAGCGGGAAGCGGUGCUAGAUUUCACUAAAAGCGCAGCAUAGCAGAACAACAAAGGACAAACAAAAGAAAGACAUCAACUGCGCGACAUGUUACGCAAGCGAGAUAGUGAGAGGCAUAAAAAAAGAAAGUGGUACUGGAAGGACUAGCUGUUUUUGCCACUCGGAUGCAAAAUUAGUCACUUAUGAAAAGAAAGAGAGUAGUCUUAACGUAAAGAAAAGUUCUUUUUUAGAUUAAAUCUUUUAUCCUGAUGCUUUUAAAUGGAAGAUUUUUGGUUGUUUAUUCUUUGUUAUCCGUGAUCUUCAACGGCCAUUGAUUUUCUUAAGAUCUACAAAGCAGCGAGCUUACACUUGGAUUAUUUCGUUUGAUUUAUCUGUAACGAAGCCUUUUCUGAACAGGCCCAACAAAAAGCUGCGUUUUACUCUUAGUUUUAUUUGCGUAUCUUUAUUUAGACAAGAGUCAAAAUUCUACUAAUUCUAAAAGCUGCAAGAAGCAGAAGGAAUUGUAACCCCAAUUAAAUUACAACUUUCGUUUAAAUAGUGAGGAAAUAUCAGCGUAGGAAAUACAGAAUCAUUUUUUUGUUUUAUUUAGAUCAUUUUUAAUCAACGUCCUCUGAUCACUACUAAAAAUGACGUCAAAUGGUCUUCAAACCUCUUGUUCCUUUUCUUCAACUAAUAGCAAUAUCUUAAAACAAACAAGUCGUUUGCCAUUAAAAGUCGUUUCACAAAUUCCUUCAUCGUUAACAUUAGUCACAUCAACAAAAUUAAUCAAUUCCUAUAAUAAUCAAGAACCACAAUCAUUAUUUCAAAAUGUGAAUAAAACGAAACUUCUUAUUCAUGAUCAAGAAAACAUUGAACCACAAACGUCAAAACGAUUCAUUGCACAAGAACAAGAAGUAGUUCGACCAACAACGAUUUUACAAGCGACUAAACACCUGAUGGUGAUCAACGAACAACAAGAAGUUGAAUCAAUGUUUGUAUCUCCUGUCGGUGUGAGAACACCAAACCAAUCUCAACAAGAAAACCAGAAAGAUCAUUCACAAUUAGAACAGGAUUUAUAUGAAUUACCAGAUUAUCGCAUGAAAAUAUUUGAGCAUUUAAAAUUAGUUGAACAUUUAUAUGCAUUAAAACCAAAUUUUAUGACUCAACAAAUUGAUAUUAAUGCUCAAAUGCGAACAAUUCUCGUUGACUGGUUGAUUGAAGUUGCUGAUGAGUACAAACUAUGUGAUGAAACAUUAUUUUUAUGUAUACAAUACGUUGAUCGAUUUUUAUCAACAGUUAACGUUACACGGUCAAAAUUACAGCUAUUAGGUACAACGUGUAUGUAUUUGGCAGCAAAAUACGAGGAAAUGUGUCCACCAGCAUUAGAAGAAUUUUCUUUCAUAACCGAUAAUACAUAUGAUACAAAACAUAUUCUUAGAAUGGAACAAAUCGUUAUGAAAAUGUUAAAUUUUUCUUUAUCUGGUCCAACACCUUAUAUUUUUCUCCAACAUUAUUUAUCACUAAUGAAAUUAGAUGCUACUUCCGCCGAUAAUGUUGAAAAAUGGAAAUGUUUUCAAUUGCUACCAUCCUAUUUGACAACAUUAACAUUGCUACAAGAUCAUCCCUAUUGUAAUUAUCGUUCAUCGUUAAUUGCGUCAAGUUGUUUAUUUUUAGCAUUGCAAUUAUUCUAUAAAUAUGACAGUAAACAACUGAUAGAUAUAUGGUGUUUGAAAUAUGAACAAUUAACAUCAUAUAAAUAUAUCGAUAUAGUUGAAUGUACGACGUCUAUCGGACAAUUAUUUCAAAAGACCUACCAUCAGCAACAAUUAUCAUCAGUGAUUCGUCGAUAUUUAAGUUAUAAUAAUGUACUGUUAAAUCAAAUAAUAUAUAUGAAAACAACAACUACAACGGUUGUACCAAACAUAACGUCUAAUAAUAAUGCUAUCAAUGAAGAAGAGGAUAACGAAGAUGAUUAA